AACACAACAAAAUUUGUCGGUUAAAGGCCACAGUUAAUUUUUGCUUAUAUAUAGUUCCCGUCUUCCCAGCUGAUUCUCUCAGUGACAGAAACGCCUUUAAACUCAUGUUUUAGAUUCAGGCUUCUUUCUGUCAAACUGAAAUACUUCACUCUUACACCUACCAACGUUCUUCUUGUGUUCUUGUGAAAAAGAUACCCUUUUUGGCCCUCUCAGCGAGUCUAUCUCUGAAUCGAGCUUUUCCUGAUACUUAUAUAAUCAUCCUUGAUCCUGAACCCCGACGGCUGCAACUUUGGUCUGCUUCAGAAACUGAGACUAUUCGAAGGCACAACUUCAUUUCAGCUAUUAAUGGUGUAUUCGAGGGUGAGAGAUGAAUGAGAAUUUUCAGUAAUGGGCAUGGAGAACAAAUGGCUAUUUCCUCUCUUCUUGAGCUCUGCAAUAUUUAUAUAUCUCCUAGCUGCUUCUUCUAAAACCGGCUUUGUCUCUUCAAUAAGCUCAAUCAAUUCAUUCUUCGUCUCAUCUCUUACGGUCGCAAACCAGACAUCAUCCUCAGUUUUUGUGGAGACUAAGAUUUCUCCUCCUCUAUCUCCUUCUGGACCUGCGAUUCCUCGUUUUGCCUAUUUGAUCUCUGGUUCAAAGGGUGAUUUGGAUAAGCUUUGGAGGACCCUUUUCGCUCUCUACCACCCUCGGAACUACUAUGUUGUUCAUCUCGACCUUGAAUCGCCAUUGGAGGAAAGGUUGGAGCUUGCUUCUAGAAUUGAAAAGCAACCUCUGUUUGCUAAAACUGGAAAUGUUUUUAUGAUAAAAAAGGCUAAUAUGGUCACUUAUAGAGGACCAACCAUGGUAUCUAACACCCUUCAUGCUUGUGCCAUUCAUCUUAAGCGAAAUAAAGAUUGGGAUUGGUUUAUUAAUCUCAGUGCUUCAGACUAUCCUCUUGUGACCCAAGAUGAUCUUCUGCACACUUUCUGGAGUUUAGACAGAAAUCUUAACUUCAUUGAGCACAUGAGUCAGUUGGGAUGGAAGUUUGACAAAAGAGCAAAGCCUUUAAUGAUAGACCCAGGGCUUUACAUGGCAAACAAAUCUGAUAUAUUUUGGGUUACUCCUGGAAGAACUUUGCCUACUGCGUUUAAACUAUUCACUGGAUCAGCAUGGAUGGUUCUGUCACGUUCAUUUGUGGAAUACGUUGUAUGGGGUUGGGACAACUUGCCUAGGACACUUCUAAUGUACUACACAAACUUUGUGUCUUCCCCAGAAGGCUAUUUUCAGACGGUCAUCUGCAACGUCCCUGAAUUUGCAAAAACCGCAGUGAACAGUGACUUGCACUUUAUUUCAUGGGACAACCCCCCAAGACAACACCCGCGUGUCCUUAACAUUAACGACACAAGAAAUAUAAUAGCAAGCAAUGCUCCUUUUGCUAGGAAGUUUAAGCAAGACGACGCUGCAUUGGAUUUGAUUGAUAAGGAUUUGCUGCACAGGGAAGCAGGAAUGUUCACACCUGGUGGUUGGUGCUCUGGGAAACCUGCAUGCUCUGAGGUCGGCAACCUUAACGAAAUCAAACCUGGUCCUGGAGCUUUGAGGCUUAGAAGCCUUGUGGGGAGGUUGGUAUUGAGGGCUAGAGUCGGUGUGAAUCAGUGUAAAUAGGAUUCCAUUCAUGGGAGGAAAAAAGCAGAGAGAUGGAAUUUCUGAUGUUAUUGUUCAUGGCCGCACGUCGUUCCAGCAGAUUGCUAUGAUGUUGGAGUGGCAACUUGCGACUGUAACCCAAUUCUUUAGGACAUUAUUCAGUCUCAUUGGUAAUUUUUUUUUUUUAACUUCUAAAUAUAAGGGAGAUUAAGUUCUCUUAAAAAUAACUGAGUAUUUACGUAUAUCUUAUUACUAUAAGAUGGUGUUGUUCGGAAUCAAAAUUUUCUUCUC